AUGGGUGUCACCAAGACCAUCAUUCAGGAGGGCAACGGCCCAUCCCCGAAAAAGGGCGACACUGUCACCAUGGAGUACACUGGCUGGCUCAAGGACGCCGCCACCGACAAGGGCAAGCAGUUUGACAGCACCACCGGUCGUGGUCCUUUCCAGACUGCCAUUGGUGUUGGCCGUGUCAUCAGGGGUUGGGACGAGGGCGUUGUCACAAUGAAGCUGGGCGAGAAGGCCAGGCUCGACAUUACCAGUGACUUUGCUUACGGAAGCCAGUCAUUCCCCGGCCUUAUCCCUCCCAACUCCGACCUCAUCUUCGAGGUCGAGCUGAAGAAGAUUAACUAA